AUGCCAAUUAGAUAUGUAGAUGUACUAACAGUGGAGUAAGCAUUAAUAAAAGCUGGAAAUGGACAUAAAUUCUAAAUAAGAGCCAUCAUCAUAAUGAGCUUAUAGUAUAUGGUUGCAGGAAUGUUUCACAUUGCUAUAACGGAAUUGUAUUUUCAUCAAACUCAAUAUAAAUGCAUAGACCAACAAUAUAACUUAUAUUAAUGUAGUGAGGUGGAAUUUUGCAAAUAAUAUUCUUCAGAAGAUAUAGACAAAGAAAAAAUAACAUUUGCAUCUCAAUUAGGAGAUAUAAUAUAAUUCUUUUAGUUAGUUUGCAAUGACAAAAUAAUAAUAUUAAUUCUCAUAACAUCUUAUUAUUUGGGUGGAUGUAUAGGAUCUUUAUAUUAUGGAGAGCAAAUGGAAAUACGAUAAGGAAGAAAGUAAUAUUGAUUAUUAUUAGAGAUCGAUUAUGAUUGAAACUUUGGCCUUAUUGGGAUUUACAUGUUGUUCAACUAUAUUAAUACCAAAUGCAUAUUUGUUGAGUGUAGCAUUAUUUUUUGCAAAUUUCUUUUUGAGAGGAUUUUUGAAUUCCUCAAUGAUUUUAUUUUUCGAAAUAUCAUCUGAAAAUCUAUAGAAAUUGAGUCCUUCAAUAUUAUUAACAGCUUAUGGAAUAGGAACUAUUAUAUCACCAGUUAUAAUUGAAUCAUUUUAAUUAAAUUGGUAAUAAAGUAUGUUAAUUGUAUUUGGUGGACCAGCAGUAAUGUUUUCAGUUCUUAUUAAAUUUAUGUAAGAAUCACCAAGAAUUCUUGUUAUACGAAAGAAAUAUCAUGAAGCAAAGAUUGUUCUUUAAAUUAUCAGUUAAUGUAAUGGUAGAGAAAUGCCAAAAGAUUGGAUGUUAGAAGAAGAAGUAAGAGUAAAUGAACUUAAAGAAAAAAUGCAAGAAAUUACUUAAUAAUUUGGUGUGAGGGAGGUAGCCAAAGGAUAUAAUUUUUCGUAAUAAUUUGUGUUUUAAUUAUAGUUCCAUAUUUCGUUAUAACUCAACCAGAGUUAGAAUGUUUUGUCUUCUUUAUUUGUAUUCAGUAAUAAUUAUAGGAUAAUUUUAAACUUCAAAAGAAAUAGAUGCAUUUUCUAGGUUAGAUAGAUAAAAAACUGAGUUACUAUUAGCAACUGUAGCUACUGUAGGAUAUCUAAUCAGUGGUUAUGCAGGUUUAAAUUAUAAUAGAAAAGACGUUUUGAAGAUUGUUCUGGGUGUUAGUGCUUUGUUUAAUUUUCUAUAUGCGAUUUUCCCUAUUUUUCAAUUAAGUACAAAUGCCCUAGCAUUGAUAUCAUUUUAUGAUAGAUUCUUACAUACUAUUGUUAUGAUGGUUUUAAUUAUGUGUAGAUUAGUUUUGAGUUUUGGAUGUGCUUUUAUUAAUGUAAAAUAUUUAAUCUAAAAUAGAUAUAUGCUUUAGAAGUAUUUCCUACAUCAUUAAGACAUUAUGGUUUUUCAGGAAUGGUUUUCUUAACUGAAUUCUUAUUCAUCUUUUAAGAUACAUAUGUGAUCUUUUGUCAUACUUUUGGAUUGAAUACAUCUAUUGGUAUGUUUUUCUUAUUGUUAUGUGGAAUGCUGACUCUAAAUAAAUUAAGAGAAACCUAUGAUUAACCAUUAAAAGAAAAUGUUGAAGAAAUGAAUGAUGAAUUACUUAAUAAUGUAUAUGUUUUAUGA